UCAUACUCCUUCAUCGUCACCUGGAGGGGAAUGUGCCGGAUUUUUCACAACAAUGACCACCUGAGCUCGAUCUAUAAAAGGAGGAAAAGAACAUAUUUAACUCACCUCCUCCAGAAGACGAACACCUACGAACAGGUUUGUCAGGUCAGAUUUUUCGUAAGUAAUUGAUGCCACAAAUAGAUUUAGCUAAGAAGAAUAUCCAGCAACCGAGAAGGCAAACCUGCGGUUUUCACUUUAGCAUAAAAAUAGGGAUCUUCUUUGUUGUUGGGAAGAUGUUUGUCCUGCUGAUUUGCAUCUUAAUACUCCAGGAUGCGCACACUGCUUGUGUUGUGCAAGAUGUUUGCCCAGAGAACACAACCGUGCAGGCCGAGAUCGUAGAUGUGCACAAUGCCUUCAGGAGAGCAGUUGAGCCUUCUGCUGCUGACAUGCUGAUGAUGACCUACAGUUUGGAGUUAGCAGCCACCGCUCAGGCUUGGGUUGACAAAUGUAUUCUUGGUCAUGGACCAGCCAGCACCCGUCUGCUUGAUGGAUAUGAAUUAGGUGAGAAUCUGUUUUUUUCAUCCUCUCCAUCCUCAUGGACCAGCGUUAUCAGUGCCUGGCACUUCGAGAAGUCACACUACCGUUAUCCCAAUGGAUCCACCAACGGUCAACCCAUUGGUCACUACACACAGGUGGUGUGGAACAGCUCAUACAAAGUUGGCUGCGGACUUGCUCUGUGCCCCAACAACAUCUACUUCUAUGGCUGUCAUUAUUACAGAGCUGGGAACUUUAAGAGAUGGCCACCAUACAAGGUCGGAACGUCAUGUGCCUCCUGCCCAAACAACUGUGUGGACAACCUCUGUACAAAUCCAUGUCCUUAUAUAAACAGGUUCAUCAACUGUCCAAAACUGAAAGUCACCAAUGGAUGCAACAACCCACUGGUGUAUGCCUGGUGUCCUGCUUCAUGCAAAUGUACCACUGAGAUUGUUCCAAUAUAUUAGACGAGCAAAGGUACUUGCAUUUCACAUAUUCAGCAUGUGUACUUUAUCUGUACUGAAUCUACUGCUUGAUUCUGGCCUCUGCAAAGUACAAUAAAGAUGGCAAUUUAAAACCAG